CUACCGAGGAUCACGUGGCCAACUGUAAGAGAUCACCACAAAAACGAACGAAAAGAAACAAAAAAACUGAUUAAAGUCCCGGCCGGAAGUGCCCCAGUGGAACGCGACCCCAACAACAGAGAGCCAGUUCGAGAUGCUGGAACUGCGGCUUAUCGUGGUCAUUGUGCUCGGACUGCUCGGCCUGCUGGGCAGUUUGGAUGCCCAAAGAGUGCCGCAGCAUGGCCGACGGGAUAGGCCGACGUAUUUGCAGAAGAACUUCGUGAAGGCGCAUCCUUGUGAGAGAUCCUCGUGCUAUCCGGCUACGGGAAAUCUCCUCAUCGGCAGGGAGAACCGCCUGACGGCCAGUUCCACUUGUGGCCUGUACUCCCCAGAGCGUUUCUGCAUCCUGUCCCAUUUGCAGGACAACAAGUGCUUCCUCUGCGACACGCGGGAGAAGACCAAGCAGGAUCCCUCGAUGAACCAUCGCAUCGGGCAGAUUAUCUACAAAACGAAGCCAGGAACCAACAGACCCACCUGGUGGCAGUCGGAGAAUGGCAAGGAGAAUGUCACCAUUCAACUGGAUUUGGAGGCAGAGUUCCACUUUACCCAUUUGAUCAUAACCUUCACCACCUUCCGACCGGCGGCCAUGUACAUCGAGAGAUCCUUUGAUUUCGGCUCCACCUGGCAUGUCUAUAGGUAUUUCGCCUACGACUGCAAGGAGUCCUUCCCGGGAGUGCCCACUGUUUUGGAGAAUAUCACUGAUGUGAUGUGCACCUCGAGGUACUCCAGUGUGGAGCCAUCACGGAAUGGUGAGGUGAUCUUUAGGGUUCUUCCACCCAACAUCAAUGUCACGGAUCCCUACGCGGAGCAUGUCCAAAAUCAGCUAAAGAUGACUAACCUACGGAUUAAGAUGACCAAACUGCACAAGCUGGGCGACAAUCUUCUAGAUAGUCGGCUGGAGAACGAGGAGAAGUACUACUACGGCAUCUCGAACAUGGUGGUUCGAGGAUCCUGCUCCUGCUACGGCCACGCCUCCCAGUGUCUGCCCAUGGACCCGCACUUCUCGCAGGCGGACAAUGAGGAUGGAAUGGUCCAUGGGCGAUGUGAGUGUACGCACAACACCAAGGGCAUGAACUGUGAGGUGUGCGAGGACUUCUUCAACGAUCUGCCCUGGAAACCGGCCUUUGGUAAGCAAACAAAUGCCUGCAAGAAGUGCGAAUGUAAUGAUCACGCGGUGAGCUGUCACUUUGAUGAGGCUGUGUUCACUGCCUCCGGUUUGGUUUCCGGCGGAGUCUGCGACAAUUGUUUGCACAACACCCAGGGACAGCACUGCGAGGAGUGCAUGCCGUUCUUCUACCGCGAUCCCGAGCAGGACAUCAACUCACCCAGUGUCUGCCAGCCCUGCGAUUGUGAUCCUCAGGGAUCUCUGGAUGAUGGUAUCUGCGAUUCUCUAAGUGAUCCCGUGGAAGGAGCAGUAGCGGGAGCUUGUCACUGCAAGGCCUUCGUCACCGGACGCCGUUGCAACGAGUGCAAGGAUGGCUACUGGAAUCUGCAGACGGAUAAUCCCGAGGGUUGCGAGCCGUGCACCUGCAAUAUCCUGGGCACCCUGAACAAUUCGGGUUGCGUAAUGCGAACGGGCGAAUGCAAAUGCAAGAAAUACGUAACCGGCAAGGACUGCAAUCAGUGCAUGCCGGAGACCUAUGGUCUCUCCGAAUCUCCCGAGGGUUGUGCUUUGUGCAACUGCGAUGCCGGAGGAUCCUACGAUAAUUACUGCGAUGUGAUUAGUGGUCAGUGUCGCUGCAGGCCGCAUAUGACGGGCAGAAGUUGCUCGCAGCCCAAGCAGAAUUACUUUAUACCAACGCUAACGCAUGUCUACGAUGCCGAGGUGGUGGAUGAAUGCAUCACCUACGGCAACAAUGGAAACUGCAGCCUGGUGGCCGAGGGUCCGGAUGGCACGCACACCUUCGAAAGGGUUCCCGAGAACACCGAACUGGUCUUCACCGUUGGCGAUAUUCCCAGAUCCAUGCCCUACGAUGUGGUUAUCCGAUAUCAGAGCACCUCACGCGGCGAUUGGGAGGAUGCAUAUAUUACGCUAGUGCGACCCGAUCAAGUGGAUCCGGAUGGAGGAUGUGGACAGGUGGCGGCGGCCACUGCUUCCGAGAGCCGGGUGCCCUUCUCCCUGCCCGAUCGCAGUCGCCAUGUGGUGGCGCUGAAUGACGUUUGCCUGGAGGCGGGCAAGGUCUACAAGUUCCGUAUAUAUUUCGAUCGGAGGCGUCACGAUGCAGAUAGCCCCACGGCCACAAUCCUGGUGGACUCUCUAACACUCAUUCCCCGCAUCGAUGUCACCUCUAUUUUCACUGGUUCCGAGCUGGCCGAUCUUCGUCGUCACGAGUAUGAGCGAUACAAUUGUAAUGCCUCGUUGUACGACAUCGGCUAUACGCCGGAUCCAAAGUGCCAGCACCUGAACAACAUUGCCAGUGAGGUGAUCCACGACGGAGCCAGCAUGUGCAACUGCAAUCCCACGGGAUCGCUGAGCAAGGAGUGCGAUGCCUACGGAGGAUACUGCCAGUGCAAACCGAAUGUGGUGGGAAGGCAGUGCGAUCAGUGCGCCCCGGGCACCUACGGAUUCGGACCGGAGGGCUGCAAGGCCUGCGAUUGCAACAGCAUCGGAUCGAAGGACAAGUUCUGCGACCUGAUCACCGGCCAGUGCCAGUGUGUGCCGAAUACUUACGGCAGGGAGUGUAACCAGUGCCAGCCGGGCUACUGGAACUUCCCCGAGUGCCAGGUGUGCCAGUGCAACGGACAUGCGGCGCAGUGCGAUCCGAUCCAGGGAACCUGUCUGGAUUGUCAGGACUCUACUACCGGCUACAGCUGCGACGCCUGCCUGGACGGAUACUACGGAAACCCGCUGUUCGGCAGUGAGAUCGGAUGCCGACCUUGCCGCUGCCCGGAGACGGUGGCCAGUGGAAUGUCCCAUGCGGAUGGCUGCUCCCUGGACACGCGGAACAACAACAUGCUGUGCCACUGCCAGGAGGGUUACUCCGGUUCCCGCUGCGAGAUCUGUGCGGACAACUUCUUCGGAGUGCCGGAGAAUGGGGGAACCUGCUCCAAGUGCGAGUGCAGCAACAAUGUCGAUCUCUAUGACACCGGCAACUGCGAUCGGCAGACGGGCGCGUGUCUAAAGUGCCUUUACCAGACGACUGGCGAGCACUGCGAACUCUGCACGGAUGGCUUCUUUGGGGAUGCACUGCAGCAGAAUUGCCAGCAGUGCGACUGCGAUUUCCUAGGCACAAACAACACCAUAGCCCACUGCGAUAGGUUCACGGGUCAGUGUCCCUGUCUGCCGAAUGUCCAGGGAGUGCGAUGCGAUAGAUGCGCCCCGAAUCACUGGAAGAUUGCCUCGGGCGAGGGAUGCGAGAGCUGCAACUGCGAUCCCAUUGGAGCGCUGGAUGAACAGUGUAAUUCCUACACCGGGCAGUGCCAGUGCAAACAGGGAUUCGGCGGCAGGGCGUGCAAUCAGUGCGAAGCCCACUACUGGGGCAAUCCGAACGAGAAGUGCCAGGCCUGCGAAUGCGAUCCCUACGGAGCUGCCGAUCACCAGUGCGACCGGGAGACGGGUAAUUGUAUCUGUCACGAGGGCAUCGGUGGCUACAAGUGCAAUGAGUGCGCCCGGGGCUACAUUGGCCAGUUCCCGCACUGCUCACCCUGUGGCGAGUGCUUCAACAAUUGGGAUCUCAUCCUGAGUGCUUUGGAAGACUCCACCACAGCCACCAUUCUGCGAGCCAAGGAAAUCAAGCAGGUGGGCGCCACGGGAGCCUACACCUCGGAGUUCAGUGAGCUGGACAAGAAGCUGCAGCACAUCAGGAAUCUGCUGCAGAAUACCUCGGUUAGUCUGGUGGACAUAGAGCAACUGGAUGCGGAGACCAAGGAACUCAAGGAGCAGCUGCAGGCUUCCCAUGGCCGCUUGAGCGAAACCGAGAGAAACCUAGAUGACAUUUACAACUCACUUAGUUUAUCGGGAGUGGAGCUGGAGAACCUGCAGAAUCACUCGAGAUUAGUGCAGCAGCUGUCCAAGGAGCUCAAGGAGAAUGGCAUACAGCUGCAGGAGUCGAAUAUCGAGGGGGCUUUGAACCUCACGCGCCACGCCUACGAAAGGGUUAGCAAUCUGUCGACUUUGAAGGACGAAGCCAACGAACUGGCCUCCAAUACGGACAGGAAUUGCAAGCGAGUGGAGACGCUUUCAAAUAAAAUCCAGGCCGAGGCAAAGGACCUGGCCAACAAUGACAAGUUCAUCGCCGACUAUCGCGCGGAGUUGACCUCCCUGACCUCCCAGGUGCCCGAGCUGAACAACCAGGUUUGCGGCAAGCGAGGCGAUCCCUGCGACAGUUUGUGCGGUGGAGCCGGCUGCGGUCACUGCGGUGGCUUCCUGUCCUGCGAACAUGGCGCCAAAACCCACUCGGAGGAGGCUCUCAAGGUGGCCAAGGAUGCGGAGGCGGCCAUUACCAGCAAAAAGGAUCAGGCGGAUCAAACUAUAAGGUCUCUUACGCAGGCCAAGCUGAAUGCCUCCGAGGCUUAUGAGAAGGCCAAGCGGGGUUUCGAGCAAUCCGAGCGUUACCUCAACCAAACCAAUGCCAAUAUCAAGCUGGCCGAGAAUCUAUUCACAGCUCUAAAUAAUUUCCAGGAGAACAAGACCGCCUCGCCGGCAGAGAGCAAGGAUUUGGCGCAGAAAACUCUGGAUUUGGAUCUGAAGCUGGAACCCGAGGAGAUCGAGUCGCUGGGCAAGAAGAUCAACGAGGCUGUCUCAUCGCUGCGGAACGUGGAGGCCAUCAUCUACAAGACCAAACCCGAUUUGGACCGGGUCAACAAUCUGCAGAGCAUCGCGAAUGCCACCAAGGAGAAGGCCGAUAAGAUCCUCGACUCGGCCAAUUCGGUGGUGGAGAGUCUGGCGGCGGCCGACGAGUCGCAGGGCAAGGCCAAGGAUGCCAUUCAGCAGGCCAACAGUAAUAUCGAACUGGCUGGUCAGGAUCUGGAGAAGAUCGAUGAGGAGACCUAUUCCGCCGAGGCUCCGGCCAAUAACACAGCCGAGCAGGUCGAGAAGUUGGCCAAGAAGGUGCAGAAGUUGCAGAAUAACAUCGUGAAGAACGAUCGGGAUGCCAAGGAGAUCACCAAGGAGGCGGGUCGCGUCAAACUGGAGGCCAUGAGGGCCCGGGGCGAGGCUAGCAACCUGCAGUCGGCCACCAGUGCCACCAACCAAACGCUCACCGACCGAGCCAGCCGCUCGGAAAAUGCCCGCGAAAGGGCCAAGCAGCUCCUCCAGCGAGCUUCCAAGCUGACCGUCGACACCAAUGCCAAGCUGAAGGAUCUCAAUGAUCUGCAGACCGUCUAUCUGAACAAGAACCAACAGCUCCUCCAGCUGCAGGCCGACAUUGGACCCCUGAACAAGGAGCUCACCGAGCACCUGCUGCACAUCAAGGAGCGCGCGUCUUUCUACAGGCAGUGCUAAACGUAGAUCGCAAAAGACUCCUCUGCGCGGCCAUUUAAAUUGCCAUAUUCAUGAACAAAUAAGCAAUCUGCGAAUUACGAAAAUCAAGUAAAGAACUACAACAACAACAACUAGGAAGGCAAAAGUUAUUAUGUAACCACUGUUAAGUUACCGUUACGUUUUGUACUCUAAGCGAAAACCAACACUGCAAUGUUAAUUUUUAAAAUUGAGCGAAAGAAAUCGAUGCCUUCACUUUUAAUGUGUACACACUGAGCUAAGUUUUUCUUAUACUAUCCCUAAACCAUUUUGUAAUGCAAUAAAUGUAAUUAAAUAAAACUACUUAAAUGUGGAAA